UGUGCACACAAAAUUGCCGCCGACAAAUCCCCAACAAGAAGAUCCCGCCGAUCCCCGACUGAUGAAGACAGAGGAGCAAAGCUGAUGUCGACCCUUCUUUUCUCAUUUCAUUCAUCCAACACAGCAAGAAACAGAAUAGAAAAUUGACCAUGGCCACUGCGAGCACCCCCCACAACAACAACAAAAACAACAAUGGCAACAAUAACGACGCCGAUACUGUGUGGUUUUGGAAGACGGACGAUGAAUCCUGGGAAUUGUACAGCGAGGCGGACCGUGCCACGCUGGAACAAGCGCUUCACGCAGGGGAAACCUCCGUCAUGCUCAUGGAUACUGCCACGGGAAUCCCAAAGUACGAGUGUCACUUGGCGCAAGUACCCAUGAAACAAGAAAAUUUGCAGACCAACCACACGAGAGAAAUUUGUCGGGGAUGGCCUGAACAAGCAACGGCUGCUGCUACUGCGUCCAACCGGCACCGCCAAAUCGCUCGCACAAGAGGGCCUGCUGCUGCUGCCACUUUCCUCAGGCCUGUCUUUGAUGGCGAUUCCGACAGCGACGAUGAUGAAGAAGAUGAAGAAGACGAGGAUGAUUACUCUUCCGAUGGCAACAACAACAACAGCAAACUGCCAGAUCACGUGCGGAAACUCAUGGAAGAAGUGGGCAAUGAUCCUACCGAAAUGGUGGAUGCGGCUCCACCAUCUUUUAUAUGUUCACUGUCGUGUGGAAUCAUGCGAGAACCAGCAAUGACCAUGGUCGGAAGUACCUACGAAAAAGUCAUGAUUCAACAAUGGCUGGCAACCAAGAAAACCGAUCCACUCACCAAUCAGUACCUCACAUCCGAUAAUAUUCGUGUCAUUGAUAAUCGCGCACUCAAGGAUGCCAUUCAAUCUUGGAGGGAAAACUAUGAAGAGGAACAAAAGCAAAAGAAGAAACAGCAAGAAGAAGAAGAUUCCAAACCACCUGCCAAACCCAAACCAACAACCACACAAAAUGGUGCAACAUCCCCAACACAGAACGACACCACCACAAUUAACACCAUCAGCCCAGUCGCAAGGGACCCAGGUGUUGCUGCUGCUUCCAAUAACGAUAGCAGUGGUGAUUUGGAAGAGGGAGAAUCACGUCAGGUAUCUUCCCACACCAACGGUGACGUGUACACUAUCAAACUCAUUCGGGGAGUCUAUUCCUGUUCCUGUCCGGCAUGGAUCUACCAGGGAGGACCCAUUGAUCGUCGAUCCUGCAAACAUUUGAAGGAAGUUCGUGGUACUGUACCGGAAGCCGAACGAACCAGCGGAAACAACAAUACCAAUAAACGCAAACGCACUGUCGCCUCUUUGGACGGCAAGACCAUUUGUUUUACCGGUGCCUUGCGCCAAAUGACACGGGCCAAAGCGCAUGCCCUGGCGCAAGAAUGUGGGGCCGUCGUACACAUGUCCGUCACGCGAAACACGGAUAUCCUCGUGGUCGGACGCCGACCCGGAAUGAAAGUGUCCAAAGGAGACGAAUCCGACCGGUGUGAAUUGUGGGAAGAAGAUGAUUUUGUGGCGGCCACAGAGAAUGGCGCGAUGACAAGCACAACAGCAACAACGGCAACAACGGCAUCCAACCGUCGUAGUGGCGGCGCAGGAGGCAACAGUGAUGAUCAAGAUGCCAGCAUCCCCGCCAAGAUUAUGCUGGCUCACAGUUACAAAAAGGACAAUAGAAUGGAUCCAACGGGCUGGCUCAUGAGUGAAAAACUCGAUGGGAUGCGAGCUUGGUGGGAUGGACACACGAGAAAGCUCUGGUCGCGUCAAGGCAAGGCCAUUUAUGCGCCCGAUUGGUGGCUUCAGAGUCUUCCCCCUGACAUUAUUUUGGAUGGGGAAUUGUGGCUGGGACGAGGCAAAUUCCAAGAGUGUAUGAGUAUCGUACGACGACAAGAUCGGCCGCAAACUUGGAAUGAAAUUACAUUCGUCGUCUUUGAUGCCCCCGAUGGUACUACCGUCUUUGAUGGAUACGAAGAGCGCUACAAAAAGGCAGAAGAAGCAUUGAAAAAAGUUUCGGCGGCACAACAAUUCGCAAAGUUGCAUCCGUACGAAAUCUGUGACGGCAAAGAGCACGUCAAGUCCAAGCUGGAAGAGCUAGAGCAACAAGGCGCAGAAGGGCUCAUGUUGCGAAAGCCGGGAUCGUUGUAUCGGGGAGGCAGAUCCAAUGACUUGCUGAAGGUCAAGAGUUCCCGUGAUGACGAAGCGGUGGUGGCAUCGCACGAAGUCGGACGUGGUCGUCAUGGUGGUCGUCUGGGGGCGGUUCAUGUGGUGAACCGGGCUGGAAAACGCUUCAAAGUCGGUUCUGGAUUCACCGACGCACAGAGAGAAGACCCGCCACCUGUCGGCAGUGUCAUUACGUAUCGCUAUAACGAACUCACCAACAGUGGAAUUCCGAGGUUUCCUGUGUUUGUCCGAAUCAGACCCGAUGUGAGCGCUGCUGAUGUUCAGGCAGGCCAUUCAUCCGCGUCCGCGUCGUCGUGAUGAACGACAAAUAAUCCAUUGAAGCCAAGCGAAACCUUUUUAACUUUGGCAUUAUUCACAGUGAGGCGCGGACGCCACGAGAUGGGCAAUAGCGGUUCAGCGGACGCCCCAGUCACGAUUUCUGCGCCGAUGGUGGGGCUGGUGGCUGCUGGGCGUCGGCGGGACGACAAGGACAAAGAUGAUGUUAUGUGGGUAGCUAGAUAGCGCCUAAAACUAAACGAUCUAAAUGAUGGU